AUGUACGCCUAKGACGCUGCACCUUGGUCCAAUCCUUCCAUCGACGAGCCCAACAUACUCACUGUCAUCAUCCUCUCCCAGCUGGUGUUACGGCGUCAGAAGUCCUCCUAUAACUACCUUCUGGCGCUCGCCGCCGCUGACAUCCUGGUCCUCCUGCUCAUCGUCUUCGUCGACUUCAUAUUGGAGGACUUCAUCUUGGGCGCGCCCCUUCCCCCCUCCCUCAACAAGGCAGUCCAGGUCCUGGAGUUCUCCUCCAUCCACACCUCCAUCUGGAUCACGGUCCCCUUGACCGUUGACCGUUAUAUUGCAGUCUGUCACCCGUUGAAGUAUCAUAGCGUUUCCUACCCGGCCCGCACACGGCGGGUCAUCAUGUGCGUCUAUAUGGGGUGUUUGGUGUCUGCGGCGCCUUACUACUGGUGGCCUGAGCUGUGGCAUGGUUUACCUGUAGGUGGUACAGGAAGUGGAGGAAGGGGGAGUAGUAGUAGUGCUGCGCAGCAUGUGCUAGUCUGGGUGCACUGUGCGACUGUCUAUCUCCUCCCCUGCUCCGUCUUCUUCUCCCUCAAUGCAAUGAUCGUCAGGAAGCUCCAGCGCCGUCGCAGCUGCUUCCGCCUGCGCGGCUACUCCACGGGCAAGACCACCGCCAUCCUGCUCGCCAUCACUUCCGUGUUUGCCGUCCUCUGGGCACCACGCACCGUCGUGAUCCUUUACCACCUGUACACGGCGCCGCCGGCUUCCCCGGGUCCCGCCCGCCUUCUGCACCUCCUAACCGAUGUGGCGAACAUGCUGGCUCUCCUCAACACCGGGGUCAACUUCUUUCUCUACUGUUUCAUCAGCAAGCGUUUCCGGACCAUGGCGGCCACGGUUCUCCGGACGUUGUUCCGAUGCCGUAAGCAGCCGCCGCCGUUCUACGCUGGACACAACUUCUCUAUCACCAGUAGCCCCUGGAUCUCCCCUGCCAACUCCCACUGCAUCAAGAUGCUGGUAUACCAGUACGAUAAGAAUGGCAAGCCCAUCUGCAUCUCCUCGUGAGGGGGGAAGUGUGGAGGGUUUCCCUGACGACCGACCUUGAUGAUGACCCGAUUCUGGGACUCUUUGAGCUUUUCAUGUCAACAGACAUCUAGAGUGGAGGGCUGGAAAGGUGGAGGAGAGGAGAGUUAGAGGAGAGGUGAUGAGAG